AUGAACAACAGACCUAAGUAAUAUUAAGCUUAAGAAACAGUCGAUGAUUUAAUCUAUUCUCAAUACACAAGUUAAUCAAUGACAAUUAUUCGUCCAAGUGAUUAAAUAAAAUCGAUGUUAUAACCUUGUUUUCAGAGUUCAAACAAAAAUUAAACAGAACAAGAUGAAUAUACUGAUUCGUUAAAUUAGUAUAGUAAGGCCAAAGCGUUUAAUUAAUAGCAAGAAAAGCAAUUAUCAAUGUAAGUUUAACACUUAAACGAAAAAUUGCUAUAACAAUAAUAAGAGUUUUUUAAGAAAGAAAUGCAAUUUUAAGAUCUCCUUAUGUAAGUGUAAAUGGAACAUGAAAAAUUGAUGAAAAUAUCAAAAUAGAAAUAUGAGAUGGCAAUAGAAAGUUUAAAGAAAUAGCUAAAAUAAAAAGAUGAUAUAAUUUAUGAUCUUAAUAUUAAAUUAAGAGUUCAAAAAUAAUUAAAACAUAAAAGCGAAAAGAAUUUAUUUGGUUUGCAUUCAAAAAAAUCUUCUAUAGUUACAGGAGAUGAAAUAGAUUCAGAAGCAACAUGUGCUGUUCGAACUCUCAAUAUUCCUACAAGAUCCUCAACAUCUUAACCCCAAAAUGAUGAUUAACUAUUGAGUUUGUAUAGAAAUGAAAUAGAUAAAUUGAAAUAUUAAACAUUUGAAUUUGCAUAAAAAUUUGAAAGUGAAAAAAGAACAAUUAAAGAUGAAAUUUGUUUAUUGAAAAAUUAAAAAUUACUACUAUAAACUUUGUUAUCUACAAAAUAGUCUCCAUAAUCAGAUCGAAAAUUGGCAAAAUCAGAAGGGAAAACCUUUAGUAAAUAACGAAAACAUCAUAAUUCAUCUACUUCUAUGCCAAAAAGUUCAAGUAGAUAAUAACUUAAUGUUUGA